GUCACAUUGCUGGGUUUCAGUUCGGUUGAGAUGCUGCUCAGACUCGCAGCCUCCUCACAGAAAACCGCGUUUUCUUGUCUUUCGUACAGCGACUACCGGUGAAGACAAACACGGGAAUGAAUCACGGAAAGCCACAGUUUAACGGCGGAAAGAAGGAGAAGACGUCGCCGGAAUGACCCCUCACAAAGAGACGCGUUUUCUGCGCUCGUGAAGCUCAUCCAGCGGAUUCAAAGGGGCGCGCGGGCAGCACAACCAGCCGUCAAUCAUGCCGGUGCGACGGGGUCACGUCGCGCCACAGAACACCUUUCUCGGGAUUAUUAUCCGCAAAUUCGAGGGUCAAAACAAAAGAUUUGUCAUCGCCAACGCACGCGUCCAGAACUGUGCCAUCAUCUACUGCAAUGAUGCCUUCUGUGAGAUGACAGGGUUUUCCCGGCCGGACGUCAUGCAGAAGCCAUGCACCUGUGACUUUCUGCACGGACAGCUGACCAAGCGGCACGCUAUUGCACAGGUAGCACAGGCUCUCAUGGGCUCGGAGGAGCGUAAAGUGGAGAUCACCUACCACCGCAAGGACGGAUCAGACUUUCUGUGUGCGACACACAUCAUUCCAGUGAAGAACCAGGAGGGUGUUGUUAUGAUGUUCAUCUUGAGCUUCGAUUAUGUGCUGAAUGAGGGCAGCGUGGAUUCAUUAGACCGACUCAACCACACCUCCCCAGCCAGACAAGAACAAAAAAAAGGACGCUUCUUCCGUUUUCGUCUGCCUGCGCCACUAAGCAUGCUGGGAGUGAGCAAGCAAUCGCUCCCUCAGGAAGACCCAGAUGAAGUGACCAUCCAUCCGGCUGAUCAGAACGAGAAACACUCUUCCUGCUCGUCAUCUCUCUCUCUGUCCCUCUCUCCACGCGAGCUCCACCCACCCACCGGCGAGAGCUGUAGCCCCUCCUAUGGAAACGACACCCGUGCUCUGAUUGGCCAGAGUUAUCUUGGGUCGUGCUCGCCCAUCUCAGGGCCACAGGAUCACUCGUCUCCACGGGGCCCCUGGGAGCGUGUGGACCCUCAGGAGCCACUGGCCACUGCGUCCAGGAGAGCAUCACGGGCCAGUAUGUGCACUUUCAGGAGAGCAUCUUCCACACAAGAUUUAGAAGGACUCAGUACACACACACAGAGGACGUACCGCGACCGCCACGCUAGCGAAGAUAAUGGCCGUAGUAUUAAAGGUCCAUUUAAUCAGAUCAAGUCCAGCCUCCUGGGCUCCACGUCUGACUCAAACCUGACCAAGUACAGCACCAUCAACAAGAUCCCUCUCAUCACUCUCAACUUCUCAGAAACCAACCAUGACAAGCGGCCAUCAUCUCCACAUUCCUCCGAGAAAACCAUCAUCGCACCAAAGGUCAAGGAUCGAACACAUAACGUCACAGACAAGGUCACACAGGUGUUGUCGCUAGGCGCCGACGUGCUUCCCGAGUAUAAGCUUCAGACACCCCGCAUCAACAAGCUGACCAUCCUGCACUACAGCCCCUUUAAGGCGGUCUGGGAUUGGCUUAUCCUGCUGCUGGUCAUCUACACUGCCAUUUUCACUCCCUACAGCGCGGCCUUCCUGCUCAAUGACCCAGAGGAGGAGAAGAGGCGCGAGUGCGGUUAUUCCUGCAGUCCCCUUAAUGUGGUGGACCUCAUAGUGGACAUUAUGUUUAUCGUAGACAUCCUUAUCAAUUUCCGGACUACGUACAUCAACGCCAACGAGGAGGUGGUCAGUCAUCCGGCUAAGAUAGCAGUGCAUUACUUUAAAGGGUGGUUCUUCAUAGACAUGGUUGCUGCCAUACCCUUUGACCUGCUCAUAUUUGAGGGCGGAUCAGACGAGACCACAACUCUGAUUGGCCUGUUGAAGACUGCCCGACUGCUCCGAUUGGUCCGUGUGGCUCGUAAGCUGGAUCGAUACUCUGAGUAUGGAGCGGCUGUUCUUAUGCUCCUCAUGUGUAUCUUUGCACUCAUUGCCCAUUGGUUGGCUUGCAUAUGGUAUGCGAUCGGCAAUGUGGAGAGGCUCUAUCUGGACCACACCAUUGGCUGGUUAGAUAAUCUGGGCAUAUCCAUCGGCAAGCAGUACAACAUAAGUGAUGACGCCUCAGGCCCCUCGAUCAGGGACAAGUACGUGACAGCGCUGUAUUUCACAUUCAGCAGUCUGACCAGUGUGGGCUUCGGAAACGUAUCACCAAAUACCAACUCAGAGAAGAUCUUCUCCAUAUGUGUCAUGCUCAUUGGCUCUCUGAUGUAUGCUAGUAUCUUUGGGAAUGUGUCCGCUAUCAUUCAGCGACUGUACUCGGGAACAGCUCGGUACCAUCUGCAGAUGCUCCGGGUCAAAGAAUUCAUUCGCUUCCACCAGAUCCCCAACCCGCUGAGACAAAGACUCGAGGAGUACUUCCAGCACGCUUGGACAUACACCAACGGCAUCGACAUGAACAUGGAGGUACUGAAGGGUUUUCCAGAGUGCCUGCAGGCUGAUAUCUGUCUCCACCUGAAUAAAACGUUGCUCCAGAGCUGCAAGGCCUUUCGUGGAGCGACCAAGGGUUGCCUUCGGGCAUUGGCGAUGCGCUUUAAGACCACCCAUGCUCCACCGGGUGACACGCUGGUGCACGGUGGGGAUGUUCUCACUGCCCUCUACUUUCUCGCCAGAGGGUCCAUCGAGAUCCUCAGAGAUGACAUUGUGGUGGCUAUCUUGGGUAAGAAUGAUAUUUUUGGAGAGAUGAUUCAUCUCUACGCCAAGCCCGGGAAAGCCAACGCAGAUGUUCGAGCGCUGAGCUACUGCGACCUGCACACCAUCAACAGAGAGGAUCUGCUGGAGGUUCUGGACAUGUACCCUGAAUUCUCAGACUACUUCCUGUCCAAUCUGGAGCUCACGUUCAACCUGCGGGAUGAAAACGGCAAGGACACCACGACUCCUCAGAGGACCCUGUACACCGCUGUGAGUGACUCUGACACUGAAGACCCUGAUGUGAGGAAGAGGAGACACUCCACAGAUUCUCCAAACAGGCCAAGCCGCUCCGACAGGGAAAGAGGAAGAGAUCGAGACUUUCACACACUGCCAGGAAAAGAGGAGGAGGAGGAAGAGGAUGAGGAAGAAACAUCAAGGCCUUUGGGUUUGGGUCAAUCUCUUCCCGUCAACCUGAACACCAUGCCUGACCCACACACUAAAGAUUGUGUUGAAAACAAUCUAUUUCAGAAAGAUGUGUGUGUUGAAGAAUGGCCUUGUGGGAAUGCAGAUGACUCAGCGAAAUCUCAGGACAGAGAAGGAGGAGACGACUGCGAAAGCGACAUCACGUUCGGCGAAAUGGAGCAACGACUGGAUCUACUGCAGGAAAACCUGAACAGGCUGGAAGCGCAGAUGACUUCAGACAUCCAGGCGGUUUUACAGCUGCUCCAGAGGCAGAGCGCUCUGGGUCCUCCAGCGUACAGCACUGUAGCCGUCAGCCCAGAGUACCAGAAGCCCAUACAGCCCGUUACUGCCAUACAGACACAGAGUCCUGAUCUAGAGAACGCCAAAGACUCCAGGCCUGCUGUUCCCAUGGAGACGACCUCUGAUGUCACCGCGGCGACUCCACCAGUGACGGACACACAGUGGGAGGCGGAGCUUGGGCUGAAGCCUGUGGAGAACGAGGCGUCUGCGUCACAGCAGCCCAGAGCGCUCCAGAUGUCCAUCAGACAGGCGUCUCUCCCAGAUUCAGCACCCGCUGCAGGCCGCACACCCACUCUCCACAGGCCCUCCUCUGAUCCCGGCCUUCCAGGGCAGUAACAUAUCGUUUCAAUCAUCACUAAAGCAGAAAAUCCUAGAACAACUCCAGUCCAACAGCAAGAGCAAUGUUUAACGAUGAGGUUUGAGUAAUAAUAUUAAUGAGUUCUGAUAUUUUGAGCAAGAAAGCCUCAUAGAGGAGUAACUAUGCAUAGACAGUACACUCAACCUCCACCCUUCAAAGUAACAGCAUCUAAGGCUUGACUCAGGGUAGAGAACGCGAAACUGAAGAGUCAUAUGCAAACAAGCUUCCACGUCCCUUAUAGAUGGACCAUAGGAGUCGAACUAAAGCAGAACCCAUGCAUUCAUAUGAGUCACUUGUUCCUUUUGUAAAUAUAUAACUGGGAAAGUGUUCAGAGAGUAACAUACUGGACACACAACCAUAAUGAUAAUGAAAGAAAGAUGCAUGCUGGGGGAGGGAAGGGGGAAUGCAGUGUUUGUUUAUUUUUUGCAUGUUUCUUAAAAAAAAAACACUUGCAUUGGUAAUCAAGUGACAUGCGCUAGUUUUUUUGUGCUUAUAUCACCUAUUUGAGAUUUCUAUAUGUAUUUGCUUAACUCUGAAUUUCCUGGUAUUCAGGACGAAUCUUUACUUGAACUGAACUCUGCAAAGCAAAGCAUCAUGGUGAAAGCUCAUCUCAGAAAAUCACAUUAUUCCGCCCAUACUAUCAAAUUUCCACAGAAGCGUACUCCACGGACACAAUGUCCCUUCAGAGCUAACUCCACCCUGUGACAUUGUCAGUAUUGCAAUAUCUCAGUAUUGAACGUUGUUCAUCCAAGUGUGUGUCACCAUAUUUUUUGGCCCUCAUCAUGGGUAAUUCAGACCACAGGUGAGCGCUCAGCCACCCCUGACACACUUUGGGUGUGUUUACACUUGGCAGGUUUGGUUUAAUUAAAAUGAGCUCUAGAGCGAUUGCUCUGAUAGUGUGGUUCAGUUGAUUAAGUGUGAACAGUGCCAACUGAACACUGAUAUACACCAAAUAAUUGUACCAACAGUCCUGAAGUGAUAAGUCUUGGUCCACUUCUGCUGGUGAGGUUAGUCUGAAAUAAGGUUGUCACGAUACUGGAACUCGAUACCAAUCGGUACUGAAAUUUAAAAAAUGUCCAUUUCCUGUGAACAUUUAAGCUCAAUGUUGAGCACGUUCUUAAACAGCGCUGAUUUGCCAUUGGGUUCAUGUGCUCAACAGAAAUGACUGUGAUUCGCUUGUAUGUCAGCUUGUAGACAAGCCAGCUAAUCGGCUUGACUUUGAAACGCUCCAGUGUCCCUGUAUCUGUUUUUAUACUCAGUAAACAAUGGUGAGUUCGGUGAACUGAUGACCUUCACGGCCAAUCACAGUCAUUUCUGUUGAGCAUGUGAACACAAUGACAAAUUAGCGUUGUUUAAGAACGUGCGCAACAUUGCACUUAAAUGUUUGCGGGAAAUGGACGUUUUUAAAAUUUCAGUACCGAUUGGUAUCGUGAAAACCCUAGUCUGAAAUAUGAAUGAGAAACAGACCAAAGGCAUCUAUAGGACACACCAAGCUGACAGCUGGCCGUUGAGCAGUUUUUGGGUUAUUGUUUUUUUGAGUGUACGUCUCGUCGGGCUCACGUCAGAGAAAGUUUGUCUGAUUCAGCAUGUAGAAUCAGCAUCAGCUGUUGGUGAAAGAGAGCACUCUGAUUGGCUGUUCAGCUACAAAUAAAGCUGUGAUCACACUAGACGUUUCUCCCCAUAGACUUUCAUUCAUACGCACGUGAAUGCGUCAGACCUGAAAAGCAAAGUCGUGCGGCAAGUUUCGCAGUUCACUGCGUUGCAAAGCUCAAGUUUGGGGAACUCUGACCUGCGAAAUCAAAUUUGACCAGUGAAAAGUCAAAACAUGAACUCUCCGGACAGAAAUGUAAAAUAUGGACCAAUCGCUCGCUUUUUUAAAUGUCUAAUCAUCUUGCUUAAUUUUUGCAACGCUGUACUACAGAAUUGUGCAUGCUCAAACUCUAGUGUGACCGCAGCUUAAGAGCGUAAAGACAAAAAUUAAAGUGACAAAAUGAAGCAAGUCAUGAGUAGGUUCAGACAGAAUCUGCAGACAUUUGUUGCUAUUUCUGCUGGGAAUUUUGUAAAGAAUCUGCGGAUUUCUGCAGAAUUAUUUUGGGAGUAUCGUAACUAAAAAAAUUAUAUAUGAAAUAAAAGAUAAUACCUUUUCAACUUUUAUUUAAUGUUUACAAAGCAGAUCCAAUUAGAUCCACUUAUUUGGUAAACCCAGCAAGUCUCUAAUAUAAUCUAUCUACUGAAAGACAGAAGUUAUUACUUCACAAACUGUAUUGUAAAUAAAUCAUUGAACAUUUUCAUAGUCAAUAAUAUUACUGAAAUUAAAAUAAAAACUAAAUAAUCAUACAUUUACACAAGUAAAUCAAUAGACUCAAUGGGCUAAAAAUCUGUGGAUUUCAGGGCGCGCAAAUUCCAUGUGGACCUAGUCUUGGAGAAACACAAAGAUGUUGCAUGUCAUUUCGUCAUGCUUCUGAAAUAUUUGCUGACUAAAUGAAUUAAAGGACAUAUUUGCAUGAGCAAAUUCCUCUGUGGUGAGCGAGAAGUACUGUGAAAUUGUACGUAAACUCUGCUUUGUUUCCGGAUUGUAUGUGUGCAGCACUAGUUCCUAUAUAAAUACAGAUACUUUCAGCUGUAAAAAACAUCCUCCCACAUAGACAGAACGUUUAUUCUCGCCUAUUUGGUGUGUUCAUGCACAGCUUCUUGUUCCAGAUACGGACUCAGUUUUUGUUAUUCGGUUGUUAUUUGGUUCUUUGUAGUUGGCUUGGUGUGUCCCGCGCUUAAAGGAACCAAAAACUAUUUCACAAAUGCAAGCAUAAACAGGAGAGAUUGCUCAAGCAUACAGUAGCUCAGGCCUCGUUUGUAAAAUGUUGUAUAGAAACCAUCAUGCAUUUAAUCUAAGAUGUUACAGAAACUGGUAUAUGUUAAUAAAACAUUCACACUUUAACUAUUUUUCAGAUUAUAAGUGAUCUUGAAAUUGUGGAGCAGAAAUGUUUCAGAUCUCUGCACUAAACACCUCCAGGUUAUCUCUUCAACAUGUAACUGAGCACAUGUGAAUAUCCAAAUCUCACACGCACAUUGAGAUCAAAUCUGUGCAAAUGCAUACUUUAUAAAUGAGGUCUUAGGAUUUCUCAUUAUUAGGGGCUUUCGCACCGGGUACUUCGAUGAACUAGGUCAUAGGAAUUGGCACCAGGCCCGUUCCCCCAGGGCUAUUUUCCGUUAGUAGAAACUCUAAAGUCAGCCAUCAAGUGCUGCAUUCAACAAAAUCCACAUCUGGAGGAUGGAGGUGUGUGUCGAGGGUUUAGUGAUUAUAAAAGUGUGAUGUGACUGAAACGGAAAAUUGUAGUUGAAGAAAAAUUGUAACUUAAACAACAUUGCAGAAAGUCAACAGGUUAGUGAUGCUAAAAUGAGCUUUUGGAUUGUAUAUAUCUUGUAAUAUACAGUAAUGCCAGUGUUUCAUACUGUAUGGCAUGAAUUCACCCAAUCAUAGCAAUCAAGGCGUACACUCACAUGACUGUAGUUGUCAUUGUUGAUUAGACUGUUGACUGUAGUUGAUCAGAUCCUGCUCUGGGACCUAAUUUAGUUCCUCCAAAUAGCAUUCCUGAAAUAAAUCAUCCUCAGUUCCUGUGGUGAAGAAGCAGUAAAUUGGUUCCACAUAUUAGUUCUUAGAACUGUGAAAAAAAAUAGCGAAAGCUCCUAAUGUAACCAUAAUACACUUCCGUACCACAGUAUUACUGUUCAGUACACUAGUGGAAGCAGAUCUCCAUUGGUGUUUUUAAUCAUGUACACAUUUUAUAACAACUUCUAAAGUGAUAAACAAUGAUCACAUGCACACGCUUGCGAGAAGCAUGUUUUCUGUUUUUGCAUUUUAUAAAAAUGACAGCAUGAACAUUAAACAAACCAAGACUAAAUGCAUCAUUAUUUUUUGUAAUCUGGACCAAAUGAAAACCAAACUACAAGUGUGAACACCCUUAAAGGGUCAUUCUUAACUCUGGGUGAAUAUAUUUGCAUAUUAACAGUAUGAAGUCAGUAAGAAAUAGUCACAAAUUUAGUUCUAAUCACUUUUUUGGAAGGCAAUCGGGGCCAAAAGUCUUACACUGAAAAGUGAAAUUUGAUUGUCAGCAGACACGGUUUCACCUCGUCAGUGUGUUAACAAGCACAACUUCCAAUGAAAUUGCUGUAUUUGAAGCUAUAGUUGUUCAUAUGGCAGAAUGGUAUGUAGAUAUUUGCAUAUACUCUGUUGUAUGGUAUACUAUACAGUAGGGUUGGGCCGAUAGGCGAUGCCAUUGCCGAUAGCCGAUCGACAUCACGUUGCUGAGCCAGUAUCGCAGUUCUCCACUCCACCCCCAUCACAGCAGCAACCCGCUCGCGAAAAACACACACUUAGGCCCUGUUUACACUAAUACUCGUUUUAAAUACGUUUUAAAAGGGCACUUUAGAACGAAAACAAUUCACGUCCACACUGGCGUUUCACCUAGCGUUUCUGAACAGCCCUCUGUCCACACUAUACCACUGAAAAUGCACAUCAUGUGACCACACACAGAGGCAUGCACUGCAGUUUAUGUGCGCGUCUGAGCUCCAGCAGUCAGCAGGUGACUCUUCUGUCUUUUGAAUCUAUCAGGUAAUGUGUCACAGCGUCAGUACACUGCUUCAAUCUUUUGCUUUCACAUUUGAACUUAUUAAUUUUAGCAAAAACCUCAGAUAUUGUUUUUUUGGUUCCUGUUGGUUGUGCACUUUUUUUACCAACCAAGUUUGUUGACGCCAUUAUAACGACACAGAUCACUCUGCCUAUUCAUGCCAGAGUCCUGCGGCAAAAGUGAUUGACAGGUUGUAAUUUGUGUAUAAUCUUAAUUUAUUUAUGAUUUGGUUAUAGGUAAAACAAAGACCAUGUGGGUCAGGUAGUUGAAACGGUAGGCUACAAAUAAUUUGUAAUGAAUGAAAUAAUAUUCAUAAAUAAUUAAUUCACUGCCGCCUAUGAUGACGAUGCCAUCGUCCAUCGCAAUGUUUCACAUUAGACAUCGCCCAACCCUACUAUACAGGCAUGUAAGUAAGCUAAACAUAUGACAUUAUAUUGCCUUCCAUAAAUUGCUGCCUCUAUAUGGUCAAUUGUACAUGUCUACAUGUACUAAAGAAAUCAAAUGUUCAACAAAAUUGCUUCCCUAACACCGUCAACUGCUUGCUGGAACCAUUCAAAUGUCAAGGCUUUUGGCCCCGAUGGCCUUCCAUAGCUGUUGGUUUGAAAUUUCACAGGAAAUCGUCUUAUGAAUAUUUAAUGAGGUAAAGAUUUAAAGGCAGUUUAUGAUUGGUUAUCUGUUGCUAGACAACUCAACUUUUGGAUUCUAGCACAGUUAAGGCAACAUUAACACUCAUACAUUUGCUUAACCCAGAGUUUAAACUGGCCCUUUAGUGUUGUAUGUGCUUUUUGUUCUCAUUUCUUUAUGCAAUUUAGAGAUUCAUUUUGAAAGGUUCUUCCUGUAGCAGUGUUAUCAUUUGUAGAAAUCUAUCUGGAUAAUGCGAUCUGCAGGUUUGUAGCAGCAGUCAUCCCUCCAGGCCUUCCAGAAUAUAGAUUUACGCUAUCAAAAUCCAGCAAAUGCACACUUUUUAGCCUCGCAGUAUAACAUGGCAUUGAGUUCAUGUGUAGGAGGACUGCAUGCUUAACCAAAGUUAGUUAGCAGAAUUAAUCAUUUAAUCCACAUUUAAUGAGAUGCAUUGAAACACACUGUCUUCCUAGUGUCAGCUAAAAAAAAAAAAGACAAAAAAAAGAGCAGAAAAAUGUAUGCAUGUCUUAAUCUAGUCAUUUUCUCAUAGGGCCACCAGAUUUAGAGCUUCUACAUUGAAUGAGUAAAUCUGAUUGGUAGGCUGAAAUCUGGAGGCGGAGCAUUGUGACGUAUCGGUGUGAAUGAGGCUGUAAAUCCUGGUCUCCAUCACACAGGUAUGUGUUUGGAAGAUCACUGGCUCUGGUGUGUUUGCUCUGAGAUGAUCCGGGUCAUGUCUGGCCCGAGUGGGUGUCUGUCUGUGGGCCAGUGCGGAAAGAGAGCAACAGGGAGGGAUACGAUACUAUUGCGAUCUUUUGCACAAACUCUUUGAAACAUCUUGUACAGUGUCACUUUUUAAAAACUAGUGCUGUUCGCAAAAUUGUUUUUAUGCCUUUUUUUAAAUGUUUGACACUGUAUUUUAUACAAUGCAACACAUAACAGCAGGUUAGAAUGUUUUCUUCCUUGGGUAUAUUGCUAUGUAUUAUAUUUAUGCUGUAUAUUGUGAAUAUUACGACAGUUUAACGCACAACUGUGUAAAAUAAUAAAGGACAG